CAUUCCUGCGUUGAGACUAGCGUUGAGUAGCCGCCAGUCGUCCAUUGCUCACCUCGUCCAUUCCUCAUCUCGUCCACUCGAAGCCAUCCGCCGUCAUGCAAUCUAACAGAGAUAAUCAGGGAGCGCCUCCACAACCUGACGCAGGAUCCUCUGCGACUCCUGGAAGUAGUUCUCAAGGUCAAAGUACUCCUCAACAUCCAAGCUUCGCCUGUCCUGCCAAUGUCAACGGUGCUGCGUCUCAUGGGAGUGGAACGAGUCAGAGUCAUGCGGACAUGAGGACUCUUCUGGGCCUCCUGCCGAGUGCCCUCGCCCAACACCAGCCUUCCAGCUCGUCAUUCAAUGCUGCGCAACAACUUGGAGGCUCAACUCCAGGAAUUUCUCAAGGCAGCUCGACUCCGCUGUCGGCCACUCCAGGAACUCCCACGAAUGGGAUCCCAGGAACCCCCACGAAUGGGAUGAUGGGUUUCAGUUCUCUCCUGAACUUCCUACCCACUGGGCAUGUUGCUCCCGGAUUUAAUGCUGGACAACCUGUGACCCCUGGAGCAUCUAAUGCAAACUUGAGUAGUCUCCUAAGUCUUUUAUCACCUGGCCAACCCUCUGCUCCAUCUGCUGUGCCCAGCACAUCUCAUGGUGCUUUUGGGAGCCAGCAACCUGCAACUGUUCCAUGCCCUAAUGAUCCAGCAGGACUCUUGGCUUCCUUGAUGGCUAUGGCUGCUCCCCAACAACCAGCAGUUGCGGCUCCAACCAACUCAAACGCUUUCAUGAACCUCCUGUCUUCCUCGGUCCAACCUGCUGAUGUCAGUUCGAUCCUUGAAGGAUUUGCUAACCAGCAGCAGCAGCAGCAAGUUCAGCAAAGCCGUGACAAUGGUCUAUCUGCUCUGAUGUCCAUGUUGGGAGGUGGCGGCAGUGGUGUGGCAAUGGCUGGAGCCAUGAAUGCAGGUGGCCGGCUUCUCCCAUUCGAAUUCAAGAACAGCAGAGGAAGGCCGCCUAAACAGAGGAAAACUAUUCUGAAGCGUUUAGGAAGCAAUCUGGCCUCAAUGAUGCAAGCUGCUGCAGUUCAGACGGCGGGUGUAUCUUCCCUCGUGCCUGCUCCUGCAAUGGCCCAAGCACCAGCACAGCAGGAGCCUGCCACACCUCCUGCAAGCUCACUAGGUCUCAGAUCAUGCCAG